AUGUGGUUCGCGCUGUUCCUCGCGCUGGUGCUCGUGCCGUGGAUAUGGAGCGCAACCAAAGCGCUAGGCGUAGCGGCGGUCGUUGGGCUCAUCGCGCUAUGGAACGCAGAGCUUGUGCAGCUGCCGGGUGGUACGCGUCCGUUACGUCCUCUGGUCCUCGACGCGUCGCCGGCGCCCAAAGCGCAAUGGUGCGAGGGCGUGCCGCAGCGCGUGCUCGACUUUGCACGCCUAAUUGUACGCGACUUUAUUGCGACAUGGUAUACAGUUUUGGUGCAUGAGAGAAAGGGUGAAGAGGACACCGUGUUUCCCGACACAAUCACGACACUCCUUGCGCAUACACUCACGAGCGCACUCGACAGACUGCGCAGUAUCGAUGUAACAGCGCUCGUUAUGCUACGCGUGGUUCCUGUACUAAAGGAGCAUUUGGAACUGUACGAGCGCGCCGAGUCGGUCAUGUAUGGCAACUCACAACUCGCGUCGGACGCGGGGUACGACGAGCUUUUUCUUGCCGCAAAGUACAACGAUGGAAAAUUGCAUCCGGCCGUCGGAAAUGUUGCUAGUAUGGAUACGCGUGAGUCGGAGCGUGCGCACCUGCGCCUCCUCGCCGCACAGAUCUUGGACGCAUGUCUCCCGCCUGGCCCUGAGCUGGGUGCGACAGGGCGUGUCUUUGUACGCGAAAUUCUCGCGUGUGCGGUGCUACACCCUGUGAUUGGUCUGCUUUCGGAGCCAGACUGGAUCAACCAGCUAAUUUCACGUAAAGCAACGGCGACCAUGCAGGAGCAGGAACGUGUCGAGCGACUCCGAGAGGCGCUCGACGAUCGGCGCUCGCUCGACCAGUUUCUGAGCCACUCGGAAGAGACACCAGCAGCGAAGCGGAGCCAUGGCGUGCAGUCACAGCGCAAGCGCCGCGCAGGAGUAUCAACAAGCCGGAACCAGAAGCGCGUGACCGGGGCGAAGUUCCAUGCCGAAAAGUUUGAAGAGUUCCUUGCACAGAUCGAGAGCACUACAUCGAUUAUGGAGGCGCGGCAUAUGCGAACAAGCAUUGUCCUCCAAAUCCAGCGCACCAACAAGCGCAUGUCCCUCCAUCCAGAGCGCACCGACGGCCACACCAAGGAGUAUCUUCAUAUGCUACGCCAGGCACUAACGCUGGUCGACGAGCACAUUGUCGCUCUAAGUAAGACGCGCACGGAAGCUGCGCCGCAAAUCCAGCUGCGUACGCCAGACAUGGAUAAGGGCGGGCGGGCAGAUGCGAGCCUGAAGGAUAUGCUGACCAACCCUUCGAGCUUGUCGUAUUUUAUGGAGUUUAUGGAGAGACGCGGACGGGCGCUGUUUGUGCAUUUUUGGGUGACGGUGAACUCGUUCAAGAACCCGCUCGAAGAGGCCGACCUGGACAUGGCCGAGGUCGUGGGGCCCAGCGCUCUCGCUUCAUCGGAUAACGAGCAUGAGGUCGACGAGCAGCGCUCUGCGGAAGCACGUUCGCUCAAGGAGACCAUGCAGAUCUUGCUCCACCAAUUCUACGACUCACCAUUGUUGGAAGUGCGGGCGAAGUAUAUCGACGUGGCACGGCGCUUUGUCGAUACACUGGAUGCGGAACGCGCAACUCAGGAUCAAAUUCACAUGGUCCGGCAGAGUGCAUUGUUGGCACAGCACGACGCUCUGCAGUUAAUGCUUGAGAAUGACUGGGAGUCAUUCUUGUCGAGCAAUUUGUACAUCCAGGCCAUGGAUCAGCUGGCAAAUGAAUCGGCUUUCCAGGUGGUGGACGCUGCACACCCGGACCAAGACCCGGACGAGCAGAUGGACGCGGACCUCCUCGGUGAUUUGGAGACGCGCUCUCGCGACUCGUCUCCGGAUGGAGUUCGCGCCGAGCGGCCGGCAAUGCCCAAGGAUGACCGCAUUCCGCUCCGCUACGGCUUCCUGAUGGGCGGCGGAGACGGGUCAAAGAGCGACAGUUUGUUUGGGCAGCGCAAGCCGCUCUUUGACCAUGACCCUUUGUUCAACGAUGAUGCACAAGGGUGGACAUCGGACUAUGGUACAGGCCCUGCGAUGCAGUCACUUGCGGAAACCGAGGAGACAAGUCCUGAUCUGUACCCUGUCGACAUCGAUCCCAUAUGGCCAGAGCCAGAGGAGCCACUGGCCAAGACCAUGCCGGACAAAAAGGACCGCUACCGUAUUGCAGGUGAACGUCUGCUGGAGCUGGAACAGAUUGCGGAGCGGCUCCAGAAGCACGAAGAACUGUUGGUUAUGCUGACGCACAAGGCAGAGCUGAGUGGCGCGAAUUCUGGCGAGCUGCGUCUGCUUAGUGUCUCGAGCCGGUCGGUGCAGCGAGAUUUACGCGCUGCGACUUGGGAAAUCCAGUACUUGGAGCAGCUCCGCCGUGAAUGCCGGCACUUUUUUGAUGCACGCAAUGCGAUUGUGCAUGCCACGAUCCGCGAAACAGAAAUCCACCUCGACGAAGACCAACGGCAGUACAUUUUAUACCAUAUCCUGGUGCGUGUCCACAAGGAGGAUGCAGAGGAAGAAACGUGGGUUGUGCUGCGGCGCUACUCGGAAUUCCGCACGUUGCACCAGUGCUUGAAGCGCAAGUUCCGUCAAGUGUGGCCCCUCGAGUCGAUAUUUCCGGGAAAGAAGCUGGUUGGCUCUAUGAGCAGCGCAUUUGUUGAACAGCGCCGCGCUGCACUCGAGCGGUACUUGCAAGCGGUGAUGGAAAUUCAAGAUGUGCGUCUGAGCCACGAACUGCGUGCUUUCCUCUCCGAUACCCCUGAUCUCGGCGAUGGCUUGAGCGAUGCAAACGCAACGACGCUUAUUGAACGCGUACUAGAAGGCGUUACCGGCUUUGCAGACAACUUGGACGACUGGGUUGGUGGACUCCGACCGCCCAUGGAGUUCGCCUAG